AUGGCCACUCCAGCUCCUCCACCUCCAACCAAAACCAAAAAGCCAUGGAUCUUGAAUGCCUUCACCAUGUUCACGCCGGGCCAUGUGUCUCCUGGCUUGUGGAAACAUCCCCAGGAUCGCGGCGGGCUCAACUUCACCGACCUCAAGUACUGGAUCGACCUGGCCAAAUUGCUCGAACGGGGCAAGUUCCACGGCUUGUUCCUGGCCGACCAUCUCGGCAUCUACGACGUCUACAAGGGUCCUGCGAAUCGUGAUCCCGCACUGCGGUCUGGUGCCCAAUUUCCCCUGGGGGAUCCGAUCCUCCUCGUCUCCGCCAUGGCCUCCGUCACCACCUCGCUCGCCUUCGCCAUCACCCUGUCCACCACGUACGAGAGCUCGCCCUUCGCCGUGGCCCGCAAGUUUUCCACCCUCGACCACCUGACUCAAGGCCGUAUCGGCUGGAACGUCGUCACCUCAUUCCUCGACAGCGCCGCCCGCGCCUACGGGCUCGACCACCAGAUCCCCCACGCCGAGAGAUAUGCUCGCGCCGACGAGUUCCUCGAACUUACCUAUAAACUGUGGGAAGGCACCUGGCGCGACGGAGCUGUGGUCAAAGACCCCGUGUCUGGCGUCUAUAGUGAUCCGCAACAUGUUCGAGCCAUCACACAUCAAGGGAAAUACUUCCAAUCCUACGCCACGAACCAGUUGCCGCCGUCCAAGCAGCGCACGCCGCUCAUCUUCCAGGCCGGAGCAUCCAAAGACGGCUCGAUUUUUGCCGCCAAACACGCCGAGGUCAUGUUCGUGCCGGGUCUGGAACCUGACAAGACCAGGAAGGUGGUCGACACUGUCCGAGCCCGACUCCGCGAAGUAGGUCGAGCCCCAGACAGCGUCAAGUUCGUGGCGGGCAUCACGGUGAUCGUGGCCGAGACGGACGAGCAGGCACAGGCCAAGUACGCAGAACAGCUAUCGUACGCAGACCCGGAAGGCAUGGCGGCCCUGUUCGGCGGCUGGACGGACACGGACCUAUCGCAGUUCGACGACGACGAAGACUUCACCUUCCAGACCGUCGGCGGCGUGCACUCGUUCGUCGAGACGUGGUCCAAGACGAUCCCCAACUCCGGCGGCAUCAAGUGGACCAAGAGGCGCGUGCUGCAGGAACUGGCGCUGGGCGGCGCCCAUCCGCGCGCUAUCGGCUCGCCCGCCACCGUGGCCGACAUCCUGCAGCGCUGGGUCGACGAGGCCGGCGUCGACGGCUUCAACUUUGUCCAUACCGUCUCGCCUGGCACCUUUGAGGAUCUGAUUGAGUUCGUGUGGCCCGAGUUGAAGGCCCGCGGCGUCAUCUGGGAUGACUACGCAGCUCCUGGGCCGGCCGGGUCGGCGCGCGAGAAUUAUUUCCAGGACGGGCUGGGUCCGAAGCUGCGUCCGGACCAUCCGGGGAAACAACAUGUCUGGGAAUAG